GAUCUGUAUCUGUAUGUGCGGGGCUGAAUUGGAAUUCAGGAGGCGUAGAAUUCUAGAAUUCUCCAUCGGAUCAACGACCCGGCACAAAUGAGUGAAGGUUAGGGCGUUUAUUGCGCCCAUAUCAUCGAGAUCGGCAUCGGGGUUGUAAAUGGCGGCGCCGAGGGUUCUGAUGGUGGACACGGGGCGAUUGGGGAGAGAUGAGGAGAAGAGCCUGGACGCCGGCUCCGGCGAGGUCUCGCCGUCGGGCAAGCGGUUCAAGGAAGCCAAGUUUCCCCUCAGCCGCUGGGAAUUCGCGGCGGCGCUCGGCGUUUUCGGUGUCUGCUCCACCGGAUUGUUCUGCAUCUACUUGGCAAUGCCGGCCGCCGGUAAUGGGAAACUCAAGCUGCCACGCACAGCCGCCGAUCUCCGAUUGCUCAAAGACCACCUAGUGACAUAUGCCGAGGUUUACCCUGCAAGAUUCAUUACGGGUUACUGCUCGACGUAUAUAUUCAUGCAGACGUUUAUGAUUCCCGGGACAAUUUUCAUGUCCUUACUAGCCGGAGCGCUUUUUGGCGUUCCUAAAGGGGUUUUCUUGGUUAUCUUCAAUGCAACAGCCGGGGCCUCGUCCUGCUAUUUUCUGUCGAGAUUAAUUGGCCGGCCUAUAGUUAAUUGGCUAUGGCCCGAAAAGUUGAGAUUUUUCCAAGCAGAGAUUGGAAAGCGUAGGGAUACGUUACUCAACUACAUGCUCUUUUUGAGGGUAACUCCGACCUUGCCAAACCUUUUUAUCAAUUUGGCGUCUCCGAUUGUGGAUAUACCCUUCCACGUUUUCUUUCUGGCCACCGUAAUUGGACUCAUUCCCGCCGCCUACAUUACUGUCCGGGCUGGGCUUGCCCUUGGGGAUUUGCAGUCGGUAAAAGAUCUAUACGAUUUCAAGACCUUGUCGAUUCUUUUCCUCAUCGGUUGUGUCAUUAUAUUUCCGACCCUUUUGAAGAGGAAGCGUAUAUACGAAUAGAACUGUCGAGAAACUGUCACUUAGUGCAUCUGAUCCUCUGCAGAAGAAGAGAUUUAAGAUUAAUUUUAACCAUUAGGAGAAAGAAAAGAAGAAACGUAUGUUUAACUUUGUAACAGGUGAUUUUGGUGACUUGAACAACCUAGGAGUUUGAUUGUUGUAAUAUCAUGUGUAUAAGCUAAAUGUGUUGUGAUAUAAUUGUACUGUUUAGCUUGGCUUAAUAAUGCAUUUUGUAUAGUAGUUUCCAAAAUGAAUGAUGGAAUGCUUAA